AUGUGCGCCCUUUACGGUAUCCAGAGUCUCCCAAGACUGGUCCUCGUCUCUUUCCUUGUGUCACUGGCGGCGUGUUCCUCGGCGGCCUCCCACCCAGCUGAGUCGCACUCCACCCUUCCUGCUUACCGCAACGCAUCGCUGUGCGUCGAUGAAAGAGUCGACGACCUCCUGAGCCGGAUGACCCUCGAAGAAAAAGCCGGCCAAAUGUUUCAUACCCAGAUAUUCACCGGUCCAAACGGCACAUUUGACCCAGGUGACCCCUCGCAAAACCGUGCUAGCACCAUCGACCGCGUGACCACGAAGUUCAUGACCCAUUUCAAUGUGGCCUUUAGCACAGCGUCCACAAAAGACACCGCCGAGUUCGUCAAUCGCCUUCAGAGGCUCGCACUGGGCACGCGGCUCGGCAUCCCCAUCACGCUCUCCACAGACCCCCGCCAUGCCUUCCACGACAACGUCGCUGCCGGCUUCUCCGCUGGCGAUUUCUCGCAGUGGCCCGAGAACAUCGGGCUGGCAGCUAUCCGGGACGCAAAACUGGUCCGUAAAUUCGGCGAGAUCGCCCGCGAAGAGUACACGGCUAUUGGGAUCCGGGUCUCACUGCACCCCCAGGUUGACCUAACAACCGAGCCGCGCUGGGCACGCACAAACCACGGGUUUGGCGAGGACGCGCAGCUCACUGCGACAUUGUUAGACGCCUAUGUCCGCGGGUUCCAAGGCGAUACAUUCGGGGCACACUCGGUCAGCACGGUCACGAAGCACUUCCCCGGCGGCGGGCCGGCCGCCAACGGCGAGGACUCGCAUUUUGAGUACGGGCAGAACUCGUCGUACCCCGGGAAUAACUUUGAGUACCAUCUUAUCCCGUUCAAGGCGGCUAUUGCUGCGGGAACGCGGCAGAUGAUGCCGUAUUACUCUAGGCCUCAGGGUACGCAGUUCGAUGCUGUGGGGUGGGCUUUUAACAAACAGAUUAUCACGCAGCUUCUUCGCGAGGAACUGGGCUUCGACGGCAUUGUGGUCACAGACUGGAGUAUCAUUACUGGCUCUGGUGCCGGCGGCGAAUGGGUCCCUGCUCGGGCAUGGGGUGUACAGGAGCUCAGCGAGUCCGAGCGCGCUCUGCUCGUUCUCAACGCAGGCUGCGACCAAUUCGGGGGUGAAGAGCGGCCCGAUCUCAUCGUUGACCUUGUGCACCGGGGUCUAGUCUCAGAAGAGCGAAUCGACCAGUCCGUCCGCCGCCUCCUCCGCGAGAAAUUCCUGCUUGGUCUUUUCGAGAACCCAUUCGUGGACGUUCAGGCCGCGCAGCAAAUCAUCGGCAACGCGUACUUCAGGAAACUAGGCGACCAGGCCCAGCGCCGCGCGUACACCCUGCUCACGAACAACAACUCCAUCCUCCCCCUCAACCACAACACCAACACAAAGUUCUACAUCGAGGGCUUCAACAAGACAUACAUGGAGAACCGGAAUCUGACACUCGUAGACACACCCGCUCAAGCAGACUACGCCCUUCUCCGUCUCAAUGCCCCCUACGAACCCCGCAACAACACGCUCAUCGAGACAUUCUUCCACGCCGGGUCGCUCGAGUACCCAGAGGCCGAGAAGCAGCGUCAGGCAGGCAUUUACGCCGCCGUCCCAACAAUCGUCGAUAUCCUGCUUGACCGGCCCGCUGUCGUCCCGGAGGUUGCUGGAAGCGCGGCCGCGCUCCUGGGCAGUUAUGGGAGUAGCGCCGAUGCGUUUUUGGAUGUUGUCUUUGGGGUUGCGAAGCCCGAGGGGAAAUUACCGUUUGAUUUGCCGAGGUCUAUGCAGGCUGUUGAGGACAAUAUGGAGGAUGUGCCGUUUGAUACGAGGGAUCCGGUGUUUAGGUUUGGGUUUGGGCUGGCGUAUCCGGAUUCUUGUGCGGGUGCGUCUGGCGGUGCUUGCUUUUCAUAG